UCUCAGCCUUCUUUGUUUUCCUUCGGCUUUUCUGUGUGUGUGUGUGUGUUCCCUGAAGUGGCCUGAACCGGAGGGAGUAGAAGAGAGAAAGAGAGAGCAAGGGGAGGGAUGGUUCUUUGGGUAUUCGGAUAUGGUUCGCUGAUCUGGAAAGCCGGCUUCCGGUACGAUGAGCGCCUCAUUGGAUUCGUCCAGGACUACCGUCGAGUAUUCUAUCAGGGAAGCACAGAUCACAGGGGGACACCGGAUUUUCCGGGGAGAACAGUUACUUUGGAGCGUGUACCUGGGGAUGUUUGUUGGGGUGUUGCUUAUAGAGUUUCAGGAGAGGAAGAUGAGAAGAUUGCUUUAUCGUACCUGGAAGUGAGGGAAAAACAAUAUGAUGUGAAGUCUUAUCUUGAUUUCUUCACUGACCCAUCAUCUACAAGCCCAUCAGUAUCUGGAGUAUUAGUAUACAUAGCUUCACCAGAUAAAAUGAUCAAUGUGAAUUACUUGGGUCCAGCAUCACUCGGGGAAAUAGCCAAACAAAUCAUUCAUGCUGAAGGUCCGUCAGGACCUAACAGGGACUACCUUUUCCAUCUUGAAGAUGCGUUAAUUGAACUUGGAUGUGAGGAUUCUCAUGUUAUAGAACUGGCAAAUACAGUUCGAAAGAUUCUUUCUGAUUUAGAGACUGGUUGAUAUGAUAAGCAAGGCGACUUUAUGUCAGAUAAAAUGUUAGCUCGCCAUUUGAAAAUUUAUCAAAACAGCGUAUUAAACUACUUCAGAUGCUUCAUGUGAUUUAUAUCUGACAAGAAAUAUGAAGUUCUUGUGAUCAGUAAUUCUGAUAAUAUUUAUAUCAUAAAUGGCUUCCGAAGCAAGAGUUGCUGGAUUGCUGUCUUCCA